GGUGAUGUGGGAGUUGAGGCAGUAGCGGAGAAUGUAGUGGUUCAUCCCUCGAGCAGUCAACCGAUGAAUGUUCCACCGUUCAUGGGUGACUUGGAUCUCGACGCCAUGCAUACACCGGAAUUUCCCGAAUAUGCAAACAUAGGUACGUGAUGACUGAAUAAUACGUUUUUAUUCAUUAUACUUUGGAUUGAUUAAUGAACGAUGAUUUUUGCUUUCUGUAGGUGUUGCUGAUCCUGAGGACGGAGAGUUCCAGAUUGGAAUGGAAUACAAUUCUAGAAAGUCGGUCGUCGCAGCAAUUAGAAGUUACACUAUCUCUAGAGCAGUUGACUACGAUGUGUAUGAGUCUGAGCCACAGACAUUCUAUGCAAAAUGCAAGAUGUAUGGGUGUGGGUGCGACUGGCUUAUCCAAGCCAGCUUGAUACAGAAAAAAAGUUGUUGGGAGAUACGCAGAUACAACGGUAGGCACAUGUGCACAAUGGGAAUGAUUUCACAGGAUCAUUCCAAGUUGGACUCGAAUAUAGUUGCUGAGGCUAUAAGGCCAUUGGUCGAGACUGACCCGUCCAUCAAGGUGAAAUCUAUAAUAGCGAAAGUCCAGUCAAGGUUCAACUAUACCAUCAGUUACCAAAAGGCUUGGUUGGCAAAGCAGAAGUCCAUAGCCAAAGUUUUCGGUGGUUGGGAGGAUUCUUAACAAGCUUUGCAUGGUGGCUCUCAGUCAUGGUUUAGAAGAUGCCUGGUUCAACUGUCCAAAUAGAAACACGACCACUGUACAACUGGAAUGAGGAGGCGCACGAUGUAAAAAUACUUCAUCGCGUAUUUUGGAGUUUCAAUCCAUGCAUUAGGGCGUUCAGGCAUUGCAAUUCCCUAGUUCAGGUUGACGGCACACACCUAUACAGAAAAUACAAAGAUACACUUCUGGUUGCUGUUGCACAAGAUGAGAAUCAGAACAUUGUGC